CUUCAACAUAAACAAAACCAACAUCCCUCUCGCGAUCACAUCUUCAGCUAUGGAUGAAACAGCUACUAUGCCGCGGCCUACGGCUCCUUCUACCUCUCCCGGGCCAGAUAGUAUAACACAAGAAGGAGAAGCUUCUGCACCCUCCACAGAUCUCGCCGUCGCCAAUCCCGCAGACACCUCCCUCACGACCACCACUAAAGACCCAACAGACGCCGAAAAGAAGACAAAAAAGAUAAUCCGCCGAAAGCGAAGGCCAGCCCGACCUCAAGUCGACCCAUCUACAGUAAAAUCCGAACCCCCACCCCAAACAGGCACGAUCUUCAACAUCUGGUACAACAAAUGGUCCGGUGGCGAUCGCGAGGACAAAUACCUCUCACAAGAACCUGCCCCUUCACGUUGCAGCAUAGCCCGCGACAGCGGCUACACGCGCGCAGAUAAGGUUCGCGGUUCAUACUUUUGUCUCUUCUUUGCGCGCGGCCUAUGCCCCAAGGGCCACGAGUGCGACUACCUACACCGUCUCCCGGGCCUGCAUGACUUGUUCAAUCCGAACGUCGACUGUUUCGGCCGCGAUAAACACAGCGAUUACCGAGAUGACAUGGGUGGCGUGGGCAGCUUUAUGAGGCAGAACAGAACACUGUAUAUCGGCCGGAUACACGUUUCGGAUGACAUUGAGGAGAUCGUCGCGAGACAUUUUGCCGAAUGGGGCCAGGUGGAGCGCAUCCGCGUGCUCAAUUCUCGAGGCGUGGCGUUCGUGACAUAUACGAACGAAGCAAAUUCUCAGUUCGCUAAAGAGGCGAUGUCGCAUCAGAGCCUGGACCAUAAUGAGGUGCUCAAUGUGCGGUGGGCGACGGUUGAUCCGAACCCGCUGGCGCAGAAGCGGGACGCGCAGCGUAUCGAGGAGCAGGCAGCGGAGGCAGUCAGGAAGGCCCUGCCUGCGGAGUUUGUGGCGGAGCUGGAAGGGAGAGAUCCUGAGGCGAGGAAACGGAAGAAGAUUGAGGGGAGUUUUGGGCUUAGUGGCUACGAACCCCCUGACGAGGUUUGGUAUGCUCGCACCAGGGAAUUGGAGCAAGGGAAAGCAACUCAGCAAAUCGAACCUCCGGCGGAAGGUCGUUUAAUUGAGGAUGUUCCAGCAGAAGUACCGCAGCAGCAGGCAACCAGUGGGGGUGGUAUAUUAUCUGGGUCAACUCUAAGCGCACUGAACGGAUUUACGGGGGGAAGUUUUACGACAAAACCAAGCGCCCCGGUGUCCAGUGGACCACUAGUGGCUUAUGACAGUGAUGAUAGCGAUUGAUACGUCUCUUUUUUCAAUUUUGCUUGUACAAUAGUAUUUUUUUAAUCCUUUGAGGAACUAUUUCUCAUUUUAGUAAGCAUUAAAUGCUCACGGUGAGAGACAGAGCUCCUGCAUGGCAAACUCAGCUACCAAAGAAAUAUACGGGUAUCCUGCUAUCAUGUCAUUCAUACCUCAUUCAUACUAAUAUUCAUCUCUCAUAUGGCUCAUUUCUCAUUACUACGUGAGAGAUCAUAAUAGAUACAACUGCCGGUGCGGUAGUUGUAAAUAAACGCAUUCUUAUAGAUUUCCUUCCCAUCCUGAGGGUCUCGGCGCUCGUUGGCAAGGUCGUUGAGCAUUUCGAG